AUGCGGUCUCAAAUUGUCAACGUGCCUGUGCCUAAUCAACACUCGGAAGUUGAAGAGGGAGGAUUUGACACAGUUACUCAUCCAAGUAUAAUGGAUGAGGACAAAGCGAACAUUCAACCGUCUAAUCAAGACGUCUUCGGAAACGAAGAAUUUGCCGAGGUCAAGUACAAAGUACUGAAGUGGUGGCAAUGUGGUCUGCUGAUGGUGGCGGAAACCAUCUCCAUGGGUAUUCUCUCACUUCCAACUGCAUUCGCGGGUCUAGGGCUGGCUCCUGCGAUUGUCAUCCUAGUUGCACUCGGCGUUCUCGCUACCUAUACCGGCUACGUAAUAGGGCAGUUCAAGUGCAGAUACCCCCAUGUCUCUAGUGUUGCGGAUGCCGGCGAGAUUCUUCUUGGGCCAAUUGGGCGGGAGUUGUUCUUCAUAGCGCACAUGCUGUACACUGUGUUUAUCAUGGCCAGUCACAUAUUGACAUUCACAGUCGCCAUGAAUACCAUCACUGACCAUGGAACUUGCUCACUUGUCUUUGGGGUCGUAGGGCUUGUUAUAUCUUUUAUUCUCUCGGUUCCUCGAACUUUGAAAAGAAUGACAUGGCUUUCACUGGCCUCAUUUGCGAGUAUUAUAGCUGCCGUUUUCGUAACAAUGAUUGCUGUUGGUGUACAAAAUCAUGUGAGCAGCUUCAAGGUCACAACUCAAACCAGCUUGGUCAACGCAUUCACAUCAGUAUCGAACAUUGUUUUCGCAUAUGCCAGCCAUAAUACAUUCUUCAACAUGAUGGCCGAGCUCGAAGACUAUAGAGACUAUCCCAAGGCGCUUGCAUUGCUACAGUCUAUUGAUAUUUGCCUGUAUCUCGUCACGGCCAUCGUCAUCUACUUGUAUGCCGGGGAUGGAGUGGAAUCCCCAGCAUUGGGCUCCGCUGGUCCAUUGAUUGCAAAGGUUGCGUAUGGAGUUGCUUUACCAACGAUUGUCAUUGCCGGUGUUAUUUACGGCCACAUUGCAUUUAAAACAAUUUACAUCCGGAUUUUCGCUGGGACUGAUCGCAUGCACAAGCAGGACUUCAUCGCAGUCGGAUCUUGGGUUGGACUGGCACUGUCACUCUGGAUUUUGGCUUGGAUCAUUGCGUCUGCUAUUCCUGUCUUCAACAACCUCUUGAGUUUGAUGAGUGCACUCUUCGCUAGCUGGUUCAGCUUCGGCCUGCCGGGCAUAUUCUGGCUAUACCUGAAUCGAGGCAGAUGGUUUAAAUCGCCACGCAAAGUGUUCCUAACUAUGUUGAAUAUCCUGUGCGUCGGCAUAGGCAUUAUUUUGUGUGGCCUGGGCGUGUAUACAUCAGGCAAAGCAAUUCAUGACGAUCCAAGCAGUGCGAGCUUUUCCUGUGCCAAUAACGCCUGAUGGGUCAUCACUGGCUGGGUUCAUGGUUCGU